AACGGACAGCAAAACCUCCACCAUACGUAUUAACGACGACGAUCACCUCGCGAGUAAAGUUCGUCCUGUACGCGAACUAGACGACACCCUUCCUCUCGUAUCAGUAGUAUACACAGUGUUUUAAAGUAAACGUUUAUAAGUAAAAGACCGCGCCACCAUGGUAUGUUCUAUUGAUGAUAUCGCCGACGAACUUCCCCCUGAACAAAUCGCUGUCCUUCGCAAAGCGUUCGACAGUUUCGACAGGGAGAAGAGCGGGAGCAUCCCCACCGACAUGGUGGCCGACAUCCUCAGACUGAUGGGUCAGCCCUUCAACAAGAAGAUCCUGGAUGAACUGAUCGAGGAAGUCGAUGCUGACAAAUCCGGACGCCUCGAAUUCGAGGAGUUUGUCACGUUGGCUGCAAAGUUCAUCGUCGAGGAGGACGCCGAAGCUCUGGAGAAGGAACUUCGAGAAGCAUUCAGACUCUACGACAAAGAAGGAAAUGGCUACAUCCCGACUACCUGUUUGCGCGAGAUUCUGAGAGAACUCGAUGACCAGCUCACGGACGAGGAAUUGGACAUCAUGAUCGAAGAGAUAGACUCCGAUGGAUCUGGCACCGUUGACUUUGAUGAAUUCAUGGAGAUGAUGACUGGAGAAUAAAUGUCCUGACUGGUGAUACAACACGCCAACUCAAAGACAAUAUAUGUGCGACGGUCGCGUUACUUCAAACUAAUUAUAUGCGUGUUUCUAAAAAGAAAAAAAAAAUAAUAUACAAUGCACGAGAAAAGUGUUUCAAAAGCGUACAAAUGUCUCCUCUUAACGUCAUGACGCGUCUCCGGUUCUUCAGAGACAAGUUGGUCGGAUCUCGAGACAGCUUCGAAAUGGCUUCAGUGUCUCUACGAUGGCCUCGCAUCAGAUUUUCCUCCUGUUUAACGAGUGCCGCAAAUUAACCGUUUCGUACGCGAAUCGUAAUUAAUUAUAAAGUAACGAAAUCACGUGUUCCAUACACUUGCAAUCACGCCUGCUAAGUUUUCCAUGGACAGUAUUUAUUGUUGUUAAUAAAACACCAUUAAAAAGA